AUGUUUGGCAAGUUGAUCGUUUUCGGGGACUGGCGCGGCAACGAGAACUACCGGGUGGGUGACUGUCGUCUGGAGAGAGGUUUCACCACAUGCUCUCCGCCUCCCCAGGCCGUGGACAUCGAGGAGAUUGCAAUGCAUCCGCAGUACGAGCCGGCGAAACACGACUACGACAUCGCCCUGGCCAAGAUGGUGCGGAAUGUGGAGUUCUCGGAAUUCGUGCAACCUCUGUGCCUGCCGCCAGCUCGCGAGAUCGAAGGCAAUCAUAUAUCCCGACGCCUGGAGAUGGCGGGAUUUGCUAGAUAUAAUCAUGCACUCGAGGAACAGAUGGAUGACUAUGAGUGGCGCCGGAAGGUGACGAGGCAUACGACCAGCCUGGAGUUUUGCAAUUCGGCAUCGGUAAAUUAUAGAGUGACCUUUACCCAGAACCACUUGUGUGGCGUUAGUCCCGGCAAGAAUAUACUCAUGUCCGGUGCACCACUGAUGGACGUCGAGGUGGUGGACGGAAAACCUCGGAACUUUUACCUGGUCGGAAUAAACACCUUUGGAACAUCUUUGGGUGCUUCCGGUUCAAUUAACAUUGACGGAUUCCUUCGCAUCUUGCCUUUUAGAAAUUGGAUAUUGAAAAACAUCGAAUAA